AUGAAGAAAGAGCUUUUCCAACAAGAAAAUGAUUUAAAAUUAGUGAUAUCAAAACUGGAGUCAGUUUUACUAGAAGGCUACAAAUGCCCCACAUGUAUUAGCAACAAUUCAAGAACAACAUCCACUGAAAACAAAGAGGUUGAAACAAGUGGUAGCCUUCUUAAUUUAGCUAUAUCUAUGCAGUCUACAAAUUAUAAUAACUUUGAUGAAAUUUUCAGUCUCAUG